UGUGUGCACAGAUCCUGUGUUCACGUUGAAUGCACAUGCUUGUAGAUUUGUGUAUGUGUGUGUGUGUGUGUGUGUGUGUGUGUGUGUGUGUGUGUGUGUGUGUGUGUGUAUCUCAGUCUGUAUCUGUGCGUGUGUGAAGAAGGUGAGAAGUAAAGUUGGUGUGUGUGUGUGUGUGUGUGUGUGUGUGUGUGUGUGCGUGUGUGCGUGUGUGUGUUCCAGGAUGUUCUCCUCCUGCGUCCUGGUGUGGAUCUCUCUUCCCGCUAUAUACCUGACUGUCCAGGUCGAAGGACGCGCCGACCUUCAGCAGAAACAGAGGCGAGGGGUUGAAUCAGACAUUCAGUCCUUAAAUGUAAAAAACGUCAUGGCUCGUCCUGCUUUUCUCGAGAAGCUCGGAAGUGAGCCGGAGCUUGAGGACUGGUUCGUGGACUACACGAGCCUCCAGCCGUCAAACCAGCGGGUUAAAAGACGUCCGGCUUUUAAAACCGGAAAGCUGAGGAAGAUGUUCGGCUGGGGAGACUUCCACUGCAGCGUCAAGUCUGCCUCCCUGGACCUUCUCGUCAAAGGGAAGAUUGUGGACCAUGGAAACGGAACCUUCAGUGUCCACUUCCUGUGUAACAGCACCGGUGUCGGGAACGUCAGCAUCGGAUUAGCGCCGUCCACCAAGAUGGUGGAGUUCGGAUCGACGCAGAAAGAGGUCAGGGAAUCCGUAGAGUCGAAGCUGUUCAACUGCAGGGUGGAGUCGGAGAAGGUGGCGCAGAGCAAGAAGGGCGUGCGGUGCAGCUACGACCCGUCAAAGAGUUGCGAGCAUCAGCAGACCCACAGUCACGUCUCGUGGCUGUGCUCCAAGCCGUUCAAGGUCAUCUGCGUGUACGUGUCCUUCCGCAGCACGGCCUACAAUCUGCUGCAGAAAGUCUGUCCGGAUUAUAACUACCACAGCGACGUUCCGUACUUCCGUUCCGGAUGAUCAAUAGAUAACGGACAACACAGGGUGGGUUCUGCAAACACAAAUAGCCGGUUACUUCAAAUUAAACUCCGCCCUGAAACACACUGAAUACGUUUAUAUUGAAACGUAUGUCCGCGGUGUGUUUAGCGAUUCUGGUGCUCGUUUUUGUUGGUUGGUGGUGUGUUGUACAGCAUCUGCUCGGGGUCCGAUUCGAUUCAUUUCAAACGUAUUAACAUGUACACUAACUCGUUGCGCACGUUUCUCUUCACUCAUAAAACAACGUCCUCCGAAAAGGACCACAUUUUGACUCGCGUCCCAACUUCGUAGCAGAUUCUGAUAGUUCCAAUUUACUCAGUCACGAAUAUAUAUAUAUAUAUAUAGAAAGCUUUCCAGAACGUUCCACAGAGCGUCUGUUUGAGCUCGAUUACGAACUCAAGUGACGUUGAAUAAAUUCCUCAAAUCGCUAUCUCUUGUUAUAAUUUGUGAAUGAAAACACAUUUCCUUUCCCUGCAACCUUAGAAGGUUUUUUUUUUUUUCCACCCAGUGUUUUCCAGUCCAGACUUCCAUUCCAGACCACGCCCGCUUCUAGUUUAAGGCCUGUUACAUACUCUACACGAGUACACCAACAUGACCACAGGACAUGCACGAGUUCUUUUGCAUACACACGUGAGCCUUAAGCGCGUGUGUAGAAUCAGCAGAAAAGUGAGCAGCACCGUUCCCAUACUCCCUUGCGUAUCUCAAGUACUCCUAGAGGACGAGACGCGACGUCCCUCCGUCCGUCCGGAUUCUCUGUCGAACGCACCACCACGACGCUAAGCGCACCGACGAGCUCCGUUUCUCCUGAGAACGUCCCGUCGACGUCGUGAUCGCCGUCGUGAUCGCCGUCGUGAGCCGUGUCCCGAAUUCCCCCAAAAUCUCUGACCUUACAUUCAAAGGUAUUUACUCGGAAAAUCUGGAAAAGCAGAACAGAUCCAAACGAUCGCAGGACACAUGGUAAUGUGUUACACCCUUAACAGACAAGAUCAACGUGUUUUCAUAUUCAGAUGAUGGGCAAAAAAAAAAAAAGCGCAUUCGUUUAGGGAAAGAAUUUCUAUCUGCGGAUUUCUGUCUUAGAAAAGAAAGACGCGAAGCUUCCUAUAAACCCGACGUGUCGCUUGAAAGUAUCUUAGACGAAUCGCUAUAGUCAUAAACAGCAGUAAAGUGAUAGAUAUUCAGUAGGGACGUUUUUUAGUAGGGAGGUUUAUGUAACCGCGUGUAACUGAAAAGCUUGUCAACAUUCGACGUGAAUAAAAAGUGGAGUUUAAAUGGUUUCCAUGUGAUAUCUUAUGAGUGGCCCGUUUCCUUUGAACCACAUAAUCGUCAUACCGUCUAGUCGAGCUAACUUUUUAACUAACGUGCUCAUAAACGUCACAAAAACCACAUGAAAACAUGUGUAGACUUCUAUAUAAUCGGCUGUUAUGUUGUUAUUAAUUCUGAGUACAGUCUGUUCCCGAAGUCUAUACAGUCACGUCCUCUCCAACCCUCCGAGGGCUCACUGUAAGUGUCUGACUAUAUCCAUAAGUGGAGUACGCGAUCGAAAAAUGUAAACGCUAGUCGUGUCUUACGUAGAAUAAACAAAGCUGUUUUCUUCGGCGCUCUUUCUAUGCGCUUGUGGUUCGCGUUUUUUCCUCAGAAUUCAUGUAUGACAGUGUAGAGAGCAGUUAACAAUGAAAAUAAGAUCUUCAGCUCAUUAAAGCCGAUUAGAGCAAGCGUGUUGCUUCGUUCUAACGAUGGAGAGAUUAAAUUUAGGACUCUUUUUUUUUUGGUGUCUUUUGAAGUGGACGUUUUUUUUGCACCUCACACUCCAGGACGUCGUUCCGAACGAAGCUGUUCUUGAUCACACCGUGUCAGCGAACUAGUCGGAAAAGUCUCUCUAAUGCUUUUUCCAUCUGUCUCCACUGACGUUGAUGAAACGUUAAAAAUAUUUCAGAAGGCAGAGAUCUUUCGGGAUGAAGUGAAGGUGAUGAAAGCGUACACGGAUAUGACAUUUUUGAACGUGGCGUCUGGUUUAACACCCGAGUCAACACGAUGUCAGGUUUUUGAGUCUUUAGAGGAACUCGAGCAAGGGGCACUGUCUCGCUCUCUACACGUAUACAGGAUGUUUAACUGUUAUGUGUUAUACUGUAUGAUGCUGUAUGUUCCUUGAUGUUUGCAUUUCUCCUUAUCAGAAUUGCAAAUGCAUUAACUAGAUUCCAGACAGUAACGCGCAUCAGAUUGUCUCAUCUGACUUAAUUAUCAGUGUUCUAAGUGAGGAAUCACACGUGCAGUUUGUUCAGCCGUGACGCAGCUGACAAUGAAUUUCCACGUGACUGCUAUUGGGAUUUUUUUUUUUUUUAAGCACAGACAAAACAAAAGGAAAAAAAUUAUAUAUAUUAUAUACAUAAAUAUAAAAUAUUAAAAUAUGAAGAUUUAUUCGUAUUAAAAAUAUAAAACAAAAUGUUAUGUAUUAACUUUUUUUUUUUUUUUUUUAUUAAUGAUCGUCCUAAAACAUGCUGCUAGCUGGACUGUCUAUAAUAAAUUGCUCCUAGCUGUGAAUGUGUGUGUGUAUAUGUUUCUGUGUGUGUGUGUAUAUGGUGCCCUGUGGUGUCUCAUCCAGGUUGUAUUCCCAUCUCACGCCCAGUGUUCCGGCUGGGAUAGGCCCCUGAUCCACCACGACCCUGACCAGGAUGGAGAGAGCUUACUGAACAUGAAUGAAUGAUAAUAAAAGUGACUCAAGUGACUCUGGCUAUGUACAAACCUUCACUGCUUGCCAAAAUACUAGGCAACACUAUUUUCUAGCCAUGGCAUGGAGUCAUACUCAAUAUGAUUCACUUUAACUGAAUCAACUCUUUUAGAGAAACAUGUACAAGGACAGGUUUGAUUCUUUUAAUUGCAGGACAGCAAACAGAAAAGAAAAAAAAACUGAACUGGAAGAUGGUAGUAUGAGGAUUUGUAUGUAGUCAGAAUUAUUCAUUCAUGUCAACUUUUAUAAAUUACUUUUUUUUUGUAAAUAAAUUUGUUUAACAAAAUCGAUUGGCUGUUUUUGUCUUCUUCU